ACGUAUGCCGUAUUUUAAAAUCGAGGUUAGCAAACGCUUUAACAAUGGCGGCGAACGUCAAACAGCAACUUGCGCUACUUGCAAACUUGUCACAUUCAAAGGAUGUCAUAGAAAAAUACAAAGGAAUACUUGAUGGAAUCUUUAAAGCAAAUGGAUGUCCAGACUUCAUACAACAGCUUCAGAUCUUCGUGGAAGCUUUGUUGAAUGAAGUUGUCAGCUUAGUGAUUUCUCGACAGUUACUGAGUGAUUUCUGCACACAUUUACUGCAACUAGAAGAUGGUAUUGCCAAACAGGUUGCCCACUUCACCCUUGAGAAAGUUCAAGCAAGAGUCAUAUCAUUUGAGGAGCAGGUGGCUGCUAUCAGACAACAUCUAGCAGAUAUUUAUGAAAGAGAAGGGUCCUGGAAGGAAGCAGCUAAUAUACUUGUAGGAAUUCCAUUAGAAACUGGACAAAAGCAAUAUACAACAGAUUAUAAACUCGAGACAUACUUGAAGAUUGCCCGUCUAUAUUUGGAGGAUGCAGAUCCGGUUCAGGCAGAGGCUUACAUUAACCGUGCUUCACUAUUACAGACCGACUCACAAAAUCAUGAAUUACAGAUACAUUAUAAGGCAUGUUAUGCCCGGGUGUUGGACUUUCGUCGUAAGUUUAUUGAGGCUGCUGUUAGAUAUAAUGAACUGUCAUAUAAAAGUAUAAUAGCUGAGGAGGAACGGAUGACAGCUUUAAGGAAUGCCCUCACCUGUACAGUGCUAGCCUCUGCUGGACAACAAAGGUCAAGGAUGCUGGCAACAUUGUUUAAAGAUGAGAGAUGCCAGAAGUUACCUGCAUACAAUAUUCUCGAGAAAAUGUACUUAGACAGAAUUAUACGUAGCAGUGAGUUGGUAGAAUUUUCAGCUUUAUUGCAGCAACAGCAGAAAGCACUCACUGCAGAUGGAUCAACCAUUUUGGAUAGAGCAGUGAUAGAACAUAAUCUGUUGUCUGCAAGUAAACUUUAUAACAACAUUUCUUUCCCAGAACUUGGUUCUCUUCUAGAAAUUCCUCCAGCUAAAGCAGAGAAGAUAGCAUCCCAGAUGAUCACUGAGGGCAGAAUGAAUGGCUACAUAGACCAGAUAGAUUCAAUUGUUCAUUUUGAAUCACGGGAGACAUUGCCAACCUGGGAUAAACAAAUACAGAGCUUGUGUUUCCAAGUGAAUAACAUCAUUGAAAAAAUAACAGUUACACAACCUGAUUGGUUAUUAAAAACAAUGGAAUCUCAAAUGAGCCAAUGAGAAUGACUUUAACAUCAUACACUUUGUGUUGAUGCGUUGGCUUCACUCCAAUGUCAAGAUGAUACUUUUGAAGUAAAAGCUGGAUGUUUGUUAGGAAAGUGACAUUUUCCUCAAAAGAA